AUGCCUUCAUUUAUCAACGGGAACACAAAUCACAAUGAGCACCAUGGCGAUCCAGAUCCAAUAGCAAUUAUUGGCUUGGCUAUGCGUGCGGCUGAUGAGGCCACAGAUGCUGAGGCGUUUUGGGACUUUCUUCUGAGAGCACGGCAAGCCGCUCAACCAAUUCCUGAAGAUAGACUCAGCUCCAAGGGGUUCUAUCAUCCAGACCCCAACCACGGGGGAACGUUUUACAUUAAAGGUGCUGCCUUUUUGGAGGAGUCUCCAAAUGGGUUUGAUGCUGCCUUUUUCAAAAUGAGCAAGACUGAAGUUCAAAGCCUUGAUCCUCAGCAACGAAUUUUGAUGGAAAAUGUCUACCAUGCAUUGGAAAACGCUGGCCUUCCAAUGGAACAAGUCAUUUCCUCAAACACAUCUGUGUUUGUUAGUGGUUUCAACUACCACCAUGCCGAUCGUCUAAAUAGCGACCUCGAACUCUCUUUCAAGCACAAACCAACAGGAGCUGAAAAUUCCAUGAUUUCAGGAAGAGUAAGCUGGUUCUACGACUUUCACGGAGCUAGCCUCACAAUAGAUACUGCCUGCUCAAGCAGUUUGGUGGGUCUUCAUCUUGCCAGACAAAGCCUUGAAGCAAAGGAGAGUGAAAUGGCUAUUGUCAGUGGUGUGAGCGUUAUCGGCCACCUUUCUCAUUUGAUCAAAAUGUCAUAUUCCGGGCUCUUGGGCUCAGAAGGCAAGUCAUUGGCAUUUGACAAACGAGCAGACGGAUACGGGAUUGGAGAAGGUGUAGGCACUGUGAUUCUCAAGCCUCUAUCCGCCGCUAUUCGUGACGGUGACACGAUCCGAGCAAUUGUCCGGGGCACUGGCCUCAAUCAUGACGGCCACACACCCGGAAUGACCUAUCCAAGCUCAGCAGCGCAGGCGUCACUGAUCCGAAAAGCCUACAUUGCUGCUGGACUGGACCCAAGAGAUACGAUAUAUGCCGAAAGCCAUGGAACCGGAACUCAAGCUGGAGACUUGAUGGAAUGCACCGCUAUUGCCGCUGCAUUUGAAACGGAAAACAGAGACUCGCCUUUUUACAUUGGCGCUGUCAAACCGAAUGUCGGACAUCUCGAGGGUGGCGCUGGCAUCACUAGUGUUAUCAAAUCAGUUCUCCUUUUGGAGGCUGGUAUCAUCCCGCCAAAUGCGACACUCGAAGAUAUCAACCCGAAUAUCUCUCGGGCUUGGAAUCUUAAAUUCCCCACACGGUGCAUUCCAUGGCCCUCGUCGGGCAUCCGCAGAUCAUCGAUCAGCUCAUAUGGAAUCAGCGGCACGAAUGCACACUGCAUCUUGGACGAUGCAUACCAUUAUUUGAAAGAACGAGGGAUCUUUGCGCGACACAAAACAGUGGAAAGUGUACCCUCAGAGAGAGACACUGAACUCAUUGUCGCAAAAAGUACCAGGCGAUACCAGGUUGAAGCAGACAAUCCCUACCCUGAGGAUUAUAACUUUACCAAUGGAGUGAACGUUACCAAUGGGGUGAACGGUGCCAAUGGAGUGAACGGUGUCAAUGGAUCCAACGGGACGUCCAUGAUUAUCCAAGCUCCAAUCAUAAUGCUUUUGUCGGCAUUUGACGAGGCGAGUUUAGAAAAGGUAGUUGCGCAAAUCAGAGAGCAUGUCUCAUCUGUGCCUUCAAAACAUGCGAAUCAAGUAUUGUACGACCUUGCUUUUACUUUGUCAGAAAAAAGAUCCCGACUCCCUUGGAAGAGUUAUGCUUUGUGCAGCUCUCUCAAAGACUUCCGUACAAAGCUAUCCAAGAUGCCUUCUAAGCCGAUUAAAUCACGAUCGGCUCCGCGAAUUGGCUUUGUCUUCACAGGCCAAGGAGCUCAAUAUGCUCAGAUGGGCCAACAGCUUCUUGUGUACAAGGUUUUCAGACAAUCUCUCGAGGCGGCAAGCUCUUAUUUCACGUCACUGGGUAGUAAUUGGUCGUUACUGGACGAGCUCAAAAAAGAUUCAAAAGACUCAAGGAUAUCUAAAUCAGCAUUCGCUCACCCGUUGUCCUGUGCUGUUCAGAUUGCACUGCUUGACCUUUUGCUAAGUUGGAAUGUCAUCCCACACCGGGUGACAGGUCACUCGUCUGGAGAAAUUGCAGCAGCAUAUUGCGCAGGUAGAAUAUCACGAGAGGGAGCAUGGAGAGUGGCUUACUUCCGAGGCCAUGUUCUCCUUCACGGGCAGACGUCUCGUGUAGGCGGCAUGCUUGCAGCUGGAAUUGAAGAAGUACCUCUGCGUCAUCUUCUUGAGCAAGUGCAUACAAGACUUCCGGGCGGGACUUUGUCCAUAGCAUGCUACAACAGCCCUCGAAAUCACACCAUCUCUGGCGAUGAUGCGAUGGUGGAUGCGUUGAAAGAGUUGCUCGACGAGCAAGGAGUGUUUACCCGGAAGCUGAAUGUCGAACAUGCUGCUCAUUCUGCUCACAUGGAGCAGUUCUCGGAGGAGUACAAAGGGCUCGUAGGUACCUUGCCAUCAAAACAUCUCUUGCGCCUUGAGCAUCCCGUGCAUAUGUUUUCCACUCUCACGGGUCGCUUGCUGGAUGAUUUUUCUGUGCCUGAAAUGGCUACUCAUUGGUGCGACAGCAUGGUGCACCCUGUUAAGUUCACAGAGGCUGUUUGCUCGAUGUUGUCUAAUGCAACACCGGGAGAUGUCUCCUCGGCUCAGGGUAAUCAGGUGGACGUUAUUCUCGAAGUCGGCCCACACCCAGCGAUGCAAAGUGCAGUGAAGGACAUCGUGGGUCCGGACUCCAAAGUUCCAUACUUUGGCACUCUGAACCGUAAAGAUACAGGACUGGAUACACUGCUUGACACGAUAGGAAAUCUGGUUAGUCGCGGUUCUCCUGUGAAUCUGGACGAGGUCAAUAUGUCAACAAAUCCGUCGGUUAUGCCCAAGACAAUUGUCAAUCUACCCCCUUACCCUUUCAACCAUGAGGAAAAAGGACUGUACGAAAGUCGAUUGAUUCGAAAUACCCGCCUUCGUCCGUUUCCUCGACAUGACUUGUUUGGGGCGCCUGUACCAGACUGGAACCCUAACAGCCCACGUUGGCGUCAUUUCCUCCGCACUUCGGAAAAUCCAUGGCUGAAAGAGCACAUGAUUGGCGAAAAUUUUGUCUUUCCCGGGGCUGGUUAUAUGGUGAUGGCAGUGGAAGGCAUGAAACAAAUCACAGAUCAAUCCGAGAUGGUCGGUAUUUUGCUUAGAGAUGUCAGCUUCAAAGCAAUGCUCGUGGUUCCAGAUGACACUCAAGGCGUGGAGGUCUGCCUCUCAUUUUACCCAGUGCCGGAUUCUAAAACGUCAUCAUCAACUGCUUGGAAGAGAUUUGAGGUGGCUUCUUAUGAUCAGAGAACUGAGGAAUGGAUCGAACAUUGCACGGGCGAAGUGUCACCGGAUCUAAGGAGAGUGUCUAAUCCUAUUGAUUGUCCCCACACGGAGGAAACCGAGAAGACGCGACUGUCGGCUUUUGCGCAGUACAGAGAGAAUACCUGUCAGACGCCAAUUGACUUCACACCUGUCUAUAACCACCUCAGACAGAUCGGUGUGAAUCAUGGACCUUCUUUCCGCAAUCUGAAGAAUGUCAAUAUUGGCAAUCGAGAGGAAGGGACGAUGACAGGCGAUAUUGCUGUCCCCGAUGUGACGGGACUGAUGCCAAAAAGCUACGCGCACGAACAUCUCAUUCAUCCCACCACUCUUGACAACGCCUUCCAUGCUUCUUUUGCGGCCAUUUAUGACCUCAAUGGCAAGGAAAUGAUGCACCGGGGUUGUGUUCCCAGCUCAAUUCGAGAAAUGUGGCUAUCCACAUCCGCGCUCUCAUCUGAACCUGGUGCCAUCUUACGUUGUAGCAGUGAGGCUUCUCACGCACUGCACAAUGGGUUUGAGAGUGAAAUCCAUGCAUGGAAUCCGUCAAACCCCAGUGAGAAGAUUUUUUCAUUGACAGGCGUCAAACUCUCUCCAUUCAAGCCUGCAUCUACUGAUACUACCGCUGUUAAUAAUCGAACCUGUUAUUCCAUUGAAUGGCACCCGGACAUCAACUUCAUUACGCUAAAAGACAUCCAGAAGCUUUGCCCAAAGUCAUCGACUCCACUGGAGACGUAUGAUACCCAGUUAGAAUGGUUUACUCAACUUCAGCUUGCUUCCACUCUCUUAGCUACUGAUGGCCUUGUGGCCACUCGGGGAGUGAAAAGUUCUGUUCUGCAAAAUCACUGCGGACAAUAUACCGAGCUUCUCCGAAGAGUCACUGCCAAUGUCGCAAUUGACACCAUGCCGUAUGUCUCUCUGGAGAUGUGGCUCAGCUACUCACGGAAUCCAGCACUGAAAAAGCAACUUUACCACGAGGUCCAAAACCGAAAUGCCGAAGGUGCCCUGCUCGUCCAGAUGGGAUCAAAUAUUGCAUCAAUUUUGGAACAGAAGAUCACAAGCCAAGAUCUUCUAUUUGGGAACGCCAAACUUUUCUCGGCAUGGGAUGACUUUCAAUUAUCACGAGGGGACGUGCUCCCUGUGCUUACCCAAUACAUCAGCCUCCUUUCCAAGAGUCAACGCGGCCUUCGUAUCUUGGAAUUGGGUGGUCGCACAGGAGCCUUGUCUGAACACGUGCUGAAGACACUAUGCGGAGAUAACAACAAGGAUUCUAUUGAGCAUUAUGUCAUUAGUCCUCAAUCCGUCGCUCACUCUGAGAUUAUGAAAAAGCGCCUUGCUGCGUGGCGAGAUGUGAUCAAAUACGAAACACUUGACUCGGCGGCCGCGCCGUCUGAGCAGGAGCCUCUGCCUAAUUCUUUUGAUCUGGUCAUCGCCAACGACUAUAUUGGAGGCCAGUCCAAUGUGGAAGAUAUUAUAGUGCGUUUAAACGCUAUGAUACGACCGGGUGGCCGACUACUUAUCCUUGAGGAGUUCCGAUCGAAUUUCAUCCACGAUGAUAUCACAUUUGGGUCUUUGCCUGGGUGGUGGGAUGCACCUGAAGCCUCCCGUUAUUCUGAAACCUUCCCCGACAAGCUUGAAUGGGACAGAAUUCUGCGCAAAGUCGGAUUUUCCGGAAUUGACUUUGAAACUUCAAGCUCUAUCUACCCUGAGCUCGCCGGUCUCUCGCUGAUGGUCUCCACUGCAAGUAAUAGAGCCCUGGAGACAACAAUUCCUCCAUUGGAGGUGGUCAUAAUAGUCGACUCUCACUCGGAGAUCUCUCGUUUGCUCACAACAAGAUUACUCAGUGCAGGGGUCCAUUGUUCGGUCUGCCGACUUGAAGACCUUCACUCCGAAAGUCUGACUAGUAGAGUGUACAUCUCUUUACUGGAGGCGGAGCAACCCAUACUCAACACCAUGAGCUCUACCACAUUUCAAAAAAUACAGAACUUGGUUACUACGUGCGAUUCGCUGCUUUGGGUAUCUGGCGAUCCCUUGACACAGCCGCAAUUCCAAAUGGCAACAGGUUUGCUUCGUACCAUCCGCUGGGAACAAGAUCGUAAUGAUCUCAACUUGGUCACAUUUUCCUUGGACAGUGAGAUUGGAGCCUCUAUGGAUGCAGAUAUCGACGCUUUGGUCCGUGUAUUUGUGUACCAAUUCCUGAAUCAGGCCACAAGGGACACCAAUGGCACAAACUCCGAGUAUCGUGUUCGCGAGUCAUUGAUUGAAACAAAUCGUAUUAUCAAGAACACAGAGGCGAGCACCGUCAUUGAAGUACAAUUCUCAACACCUACGCCGAUACUUUCGACCUGGGAAAAUAUAAAACACCCUGUUCGCCUGAUAAGUAGAAACCCGGGACUCGAUCAUCUCACAUGGGUUGCCGAUGAAGAUAUCUCGGAAAAGCCACUAUCUCCACUUGAAAUCGAGAUCGAGGUUCAUGCUGUCGGGCUAAACUUCAAAGACCUGUUGGUGGCCAUGGGUGAAAUCGACCAACCAGGCUUUGGACAUGAAGCAGCAGGAUUUAUCGUUUCCGUAGGCUCAUCGGUCAAACAUUUCAAGACUGGCGAUCGAGUGAUGUACCUAGGGGACCCUUCUCCGGGCAAAAUGGGUACCAUGCGCACCCGCACUCGUGUUCAUUCCGGGCUUGCUAUCAAAAUACCCGACACAAUGGGCUUCGAGAUUGCUGCAGGGCUCCCCAUCAUAUAUGGCACAGUGAUCUACUCCUUAGGUCAUAUCGCUCGAUUGCGCGCGGGCGAAAAGGUCUUGAUUCAUGCUGCUGCCGGUGGUAUCGGACAAGCCGCAAUUCAGUACGCGCAAUCCAAGGGAGCCGAGAUAUUCGUGACGCUUUCCAGCAUUGAGAAGAAGAAUUUCAUCAUGAAGAAUUUCGGGAUUCCGGCGAAUCACAUUUUUUCGAGCCGUGAUUUGAAUUUUUUGGCAGGAAUCAAGCAGAUUGCUCCAGCUGGCGUGGAUGUCGUUCUUAACUCGCUUAGUGGCGAAGCAUUGCGACAGUCCUGGGCAUGCGUUGCGCCAUUUGGCCGAUUCGUUGAGAUCGGGAAGCUUGACUUCCAGGCUGGCUCAAAGCUUGACAUGACUCCUUUCCUCCACAACCUCACAUUCUCUGGCGUGGAUCUCAACGCCUUAGCGGAAAAUCGUCCGGAGAUCUGUCAAGACCUCUUGCAAGAAACCAUUCAGUUGUGGAAGAGUGAAAACAUCCAUGAGGCUAGACCAACACAAGUCCUUCGCUAUGGUCAGUUGAAAGAGGGGUUGAGGUUGUUACAAUCAGGCAAAAGCAUCGGUAAAAUCACACUUGUACCGGGCACUCAUCCUGUACCGAACAUACCAGCGCCACUGCUUCCUCUGAAGCUCGAUGCGGAUGCAUCUUUCAUCUUAGCAGGAGGUUUGGGCGGUAUCGGUCGCAGCAUCGCGCACAAGCUGGCUAGUCGGGGCGCCAAGCACAUUAUAUUCUUUUCACGGUCUGCGUCUGUUCAUGCAGCAGGACAAGAAAUGAUUGCCAAACUCAAGGUGCUUGGCUGUACCAGCCACGUCUUCCAGUGUGAUAUUUCUGAUGAAUCUCGUCUUCUUGAAGUCAUGAACAAGAUCCAGAAUACCCUACCCCCAGUCAAGGGAUGCAUCCAGUGCUCCUUCGUCCUCAAAGAUAAAGCCUUCGACUCAAUGACGCAUGAAGAUUGGCAAACAGCCCUGGCCCCGAAGGUUUCUGGAUCUUGGAACCUCCACUGUCUGCUGCCGGAUGUUGAGUUCUUCUUAAUGCUGAGUUCCAUUACGGGUAUUGUUGGAAAUCGAAGCCAAGCCAACUACAAUGCUGGUAACAACUUCCAGGACGCGCUUGCUCGUCACCGUGUUUCCAAAGGUAUGCAUGGCGCUAGCAUCAAUCUUGGUGCCGUGGUCGGAAUUGGCUUCAUCGCCGAAAACGAACAAUAUGCAGCAAAACACACGUUCAAGAUAGCGAAUCCACAAACUGAGGAAGAGGUCCUAGCCGCUAUCGAAUAUCUGAUUGAUCGUCGUCAUCACACCGUCAUGUCUCCGGACAAUGCACAGCUAGUCUGUGGUCUCAGAACCCCAGCUUCCUACGAUCUUGGCAAUGAAGAGCACCCGACUCAUCUUAAAUAUCCCAUGUUUGCACAACUCGCACCCGGUCUUUCGGUCUCUGGUCCCAACUCUGUGGAAUCCGCACAAUCGGCAACUCACAUUCGUGAUCAUCUUCAGUCAGCUACAGGUCCAGAGGAUGCGGCAAGAAUUAUCCACAAGGCGAUGAGGCGAAAGAUGGCUGAUUUACUGAACAUCUCUGAAGACUCCUUCGAUGACAAUCUCAACGUUCGAGCAAACGGAGUCGACUCGCUGAUCGAGAUGGAAUUUCGCACUUGGUUUGCCAAGGAGCUAGGCGCAACUGUGCCCCUGAAAGACCUGGCCAAAAACCUGACUCAAUUGAGUACGACGCUUGUUUCCCUGAGCGCAUUUACCAAGUUUCAUUGA